ACCUGAGUGUCACAUGACAACAGACUACCAGGAAGAAUAAACACCAAACCGAAAGUUAAACAAAAUGGCUGAACCACCCACUGGAUGAGAUGGAUACAAAAACUUACAGAAAUGGAAAAUUAACAGAUGUGACCAACGUCUGAGAAUCAACGAAUGGCUACUGCCACCACCCAGGCACAGGAGCUCAUCACCUGUGACCUAAACUGUGUCAAGCCUGUCCAGCAAUUCUGUAACAGCUGCCAAGUCGGUCUGUGUGAAGACUGCAUCAACAAACAUGUUAAAAGCCUCAAGUCCAUGAAGCAUGACAUUGUUCCCUUCACAAAGCGCACAGUCCAGCUGGUGUUCCCUCAGUGUACAUCUCAUUCCCACCAGAGAUGUGAGGGCCACUGUCAACAGUGCGAUGUCCCAGUCUGCAUAAAAUGUCUUCUGGGUCCUCGUCAUAAAGGUCAUGAUGUUGGGGACAUGGCAGACAUCAUUACCAAAAAGAGAGAAAAUAUCAAAAGAGAAACAGAAGAAAUUGAAAGCCGUAUUAUUCCCAAGAACAAAUCAAAUGAUGCAGAUGUUGAAAAGAAAAUUUCCAAAUCCAAUGCCCACUACUCUGGUUUAGAAAAAGAAGCUAAGGAUAAAAGAAAGAAAUGGCACCUAGAAGUAGACAAUAUUUUUGACACACUUGAAUCACUGAUCCAAUCACUCAAAGUUCAAGAAAUUACCAUUCUGAAGUCAUGCCAGUCCCAACUCAGAAGUCAAAAUUCCAGUAUGACCCAAACUGUUCAAGAAAACAAAGAAAUCCUGAAGUCCAACAAAGUGUUUGAUGUCAGCCAUUACAAAUCCAAACUGACUGAAUUCAGAGCCAUUCCACAAGUACCUGAUGUAAUGUCACCCUCUCUCAAAACAAACACAGUCCAAGGGAGAGAACUCAGCCUAGAAUUAGGAGAAUACAGGGCCACACUGACACAGACAACACUAUCACUACCCAGUCUGACAGAUGAAGUCCUCCAUUUAUAUGUUAAGGAAUUAUUAAAAGAAGCCAAAGUGAUUGCAAACAUUCCAACAAAUGUCAAAGAGUUAAACACAGUAGCCUGUGUUGGAUCAGAUAGAGCUUGGAUUAGUGGAACAGACAAAAUGAUACGAUUUGUUGACAUACAUGGAACUGUUACUGACACUGUCAACAGUACAUGUAAUAUGUCCCCUUAUGACAUUACAGUGAACAGACAGGGAGAACUGAUUUACAGUGAUACCAUCAGUAGAACUGUGAACAUUGUCAGACACGGGAAGACUGAGACACUGAUCACCACACCACGGGGCUGGAAGCUAGGGGGACUGUGCUGUACCAGAUCAGGGGACAUCCUGGUCAAUAUGAAAAGUACUGAUGAUCGCCACUGCAAAAUCGUUCGUUAUCAGGGAGAGAGAGUCACACAGGAAAUAGAUAAAGAUGAACGCGACAAUCCAAUCUAUAAAGGGGGGAGAUAUGGAGUGUUUAUGACGGAGAACGACAAUGGUGACAUCGUGGCUUCUGAUGUUAAUGCUGACAGAGUGGUAGUGGUGGACAGGAGAGGAAAAGUCCGAUUCCGAUACAACGACAAACCACCGGGGGAAAAGAAAUCAUUCAAUCCUGCAAAGAUAGUGACCAACUCCAUGUGUCAUAUCAUUGUGGCAGAUUUUAACAAUGCCUGUCUACACAUUCUAGACCAGAAUGGACAAUUCAUUAAAUGUGUGGACAAUUGUGGAUUAUAUGAUGAGCCUUUUGGACUGAGUGUGGACAGUGAGGGGAGAUUGUGGGUAGGGUUGUUCAAAUCAGGAGAAAUGAAAGUGAUCCAGUACAUGAAAUAAACACCCAGACAUUCACACUUAAGGUAUUCCAUGUAUAAUGAAAGGAUAAUGAACAAUUUUGAAGGAUUUAGAUCAACAUAAAAGUUUAUUGUUAAAUAAUGAUGAAAGUGAAGCAGAUGAAAUUCACAUGCCUGAUAAAUGAUUAGAAUCUGACCUUUUUACAUUUAAGACUUUAUGGAAGAGUUGUCUGCCCUUUGUAAAAAUAAGAAAAAUCUAAUUUUCUAAAAAUGUGUGUGGUCAAUGAUUAAUUUUAUUUCAUAUUUUCAUAAAAAGAAAGUGUAAGUAACUUUCUACCAAGAGAUUUGUAUGAAAAUAUAAUUUGUUUUUAAAAUAUUGUAAUAAAACAUGGUUUUCCCAUAUACUUCAAUGUUGAAUUCAAGGUGAAAUAAAUCAAGCAGUAAACAAAAUUUUGAAAAUUCCUAUGGUGGACUAUUUUUAUUUGAUGAACCCUUCAAAAUGAUACCAUGAUUACAAAUAUUCCACCAUCCAUUUAUUAGAUAUGAGAUAUGGUCAUUAUACAUUGAAUACCUUAAGUACAUGUAUCAAGUGUAUCAAGAAAACAUAUCUGAAUAUUUUACUUAAAAUAACUGUUAAUGGCAAACUAAUAAUUCAAGGUUAUGACAAACAAUAUGACUUCAGCUUCUUGAUAAUCAAUUUUCCAAGUUGAUGUAGGAAUAUGACAUAAUCACCUGUAUACAUGGUGUAUUGUGUUUACGUCUCAAGGAUUCAUUAUGUGAUAGCAUGUUUUGUGUGUGAUCAUCUCUUACAAUGAGACAGGCUGCUUUGAUAUAAACUUUCUUUUUCUAUCUCAAUUACAGUAUGAAUAAUAAGCACAUCGAAGUUGUUACAAAUUAUGUAAAUAUUGAACAUCAAUAGUCAUCAUUAGGUGAAAUAAUUCAUAAUUCUUUCCCCCUCUCAAUCACAGUACGAAUACCAGGACAUUGAAAUUGUUACAAAUUAUGUUUUCAAGUAGUAGAUACUAUUAGGUGAAAGAUUUUCCCUCGAUAUAAUACUUUAUUUUUAUGUAUCAUAGAUGAUCAGAGUUAAAAAAAAAAAAAAAAAAAAAAAAAAAAAAAACAACACGACAUUCUCACAUUCAAGGUAUUCUAUUUUACUACUAUCUGGUUGUAUAUAAUAUCAAACUAUAUAUUCAUGUACUAAGUACAAUGCACAUAAAAUAAACGUAGAGUUGAGACA